UUCACGCGUCUCGAUCGUCCAUCUAUACUUACAACCCCCCACUUUUAGUGACUCAAAAAAUCCCUUAGGAUCAAGACUCAUACUCUACUGAUCUCACACGAAGUUCACAAUCUAUAAAAUUCCUGAACGCCCCUCAAGACCAACACCACCCACCACGCGCCUUAAAGUACCACCUCCUCACCACCCCCGCAGUACUCACCCACCAUGGUGUCUACCGACGUCAAAUCAUUCCAAGAAUACCUCAAGGGGAGCAAGCGGAUAAUGGCGCUCCUAGGAGCCGGCAUCUCCGCCUCAUCGGGCCUCCCAACAUUCCGCGGCGCCGGUGGGCUCUGGCGCUCGCACGACGCAACAGAGCUAGCCACACCAGAGGCCUUCGAGGCGAACCCGGACCUGGUGUGGCAGUUCUACAGCUAUAGGAGACAUAUGGCGCUCAAGGCGCAACCGAAUCGUGCACACUAUGCGCUGGCGGAGCUGGCGAGGAAGAACAGGGAGUUUGUCACAUUGAGUCAGAAUGUUGAUGGCCUUUCACAGCGAGCAAGUCACCCCCUCGAGCAACUUCAUCUCCUCCAUGGGAAUCUGUUUACGGUUAAAUGCACCUCCUUCUACUGCAAGUAUUCUCGCGAGAACGAUUUUACGGAUCCGAUUGUCCCUGCACUUGCGAUACCGAGAAACUUUCCCGAACCGGUUCCCUCGUCGGAUGAUAAAACAGGCGAGGAGGCGUCACAGUCGCUAUAUCAGGCCAUGGGAAGAGGUCAGGAAGAGGGACAACAUGGAGAAACAGAGCUAGACAUCUCUGACGAGCGCAUCCCACUUGAGCCAUUACCUCUUGAUGUGCUCCCGCAAUGCCCAGAGUGCAAAGAAGGUCUAUUACGGCCGGGCGUCGUCUGGUUUGGGGAAGCUCUGCCGUCACAUACGUUGGAUUUCGUGGAUGAUUGGAUGUCGCAGGGGAAGAUCGAUCUGAUGCUGGUCAUUGGGACGAGUUCGAGGGUUUGGCCGGCCGCAGGCUAUGUUGAUAAGGCGAGGUCAAAAGGAGCGAGGGUUGCAUUGGUGAACAUGGAUCCAAAUGAUUUGGCGAAAGGGAAGCUUACAUCGAAUGAUUGGUUUUUCGAGGGCGACGCGGGCGCCAUUGUGCCAGAGAUUUUGAAGAGUGUCAUUGGAGAGGUUUGAUCGGCGUUGAUCGCUUGGACUGAGUUAUGAGUAAUGGAGUGAUUAGAAGCGAGGAUGCAAUUUUUUGCUGUAUGUUUAGCGAUCAUGGACACCAUAGUGGAAAGUGCCCUUGCUUUUAUAGAGAUCUCGUGCGAUGAGUGACGAAUUGGGCGUUUGUUUGGAUAGGUACCUAGGCACUUAGUACCUUGAACUGGAA